AUGGCUUCAUUAGAAGGAAUCCAAUCAAAGACUCAAGAGAUUAGAGAUCUUACCAGAAUGGAAAGGACCGGUGCCCAGUCCCAUAUCAGAGGACUUGGUCUCGACGACUCCUUAGAGCCAAGGAAGAUUUCUCAAGGAAUGGUCGGCCAAAUCGAAGCUAGAAGAGCAGCAGGUAUCAUCAUGAAAAUGAUAACACAAGGAAAAAUAGCAGGUAGAGCUAUUCUUAUUGGUGGGCAACCUGGUACUGGUAAAACCGCCAUCGCUCUUGGUAUGGCUAAGUCCCUUGGAGAAGAUGUUCCUUUCACAAUGCUGGCUGGAUCUGAAAUCUUCUCACUUGAAAUGUCAAAAACUGAGGCACUUAUUCAAGCCUUCCGUAAAUCCAUCGGAGUAAGAAUCAGAGAAGAAGCUGAAAUCAUUGAAGGAGAAGUCCUAGAGAUUGAGAUCGAUAAGUCAGUCCAAAGUGGCGCCAAAUCUGGAAAAAUCACUCUCAAAACGACUGAUAUGGAAGCUAUCUACGAUUUGGGACAAAAGAUGAUCGAGUCAAUUCAAAAAGAGAAAAUUCAAGCAGGAGAUAUUAUCACCAUUGAUAAAGCAUCUGGAAAGAUUUCUAAGCUCGGAAGGUCUAUUGCAAGGAGUGGAGACUAUGAUACUGUUGGUUCCUCCUCAAGAUUUGUCCAAUGUCCUGAGGGUGAACUUCACAAAAGAAAAGAAGUUGUACAUACAGUCACUCUUCAUGAAGUUGAUGUAAUCAACUCAAGAACACAAGGAUUCAUGGCUCUCUUUGCAGGAGAUAUUGGAGAAAUCAAACAAGAGGUCAGAGACCAGAUCGACACUAAAGUAUCUGAAUGGAGGGAAGAAGGCAGAGCAGAAAUAGUCCCAGGAGUGUUGUUCAUUGAUGAGGUCCAUAUGCUCGAUAUUGAAUGUUUCUCAUAUCUGAACAGAGCACUGGAAAGUGAAUCCGCUCCAAUCGUAAUCAUGGCUACCAACAGAGGAAUGACUAAGAUCAGAGGAACUAACUAUAUGGCUCCACAUGGUAUCCCAUUAGAUCUCUUGGAUAGACUCUUGAUUAUCCAAACAACUCCAUACAAUGAAAAAGAGACACAACAAAUUCUACAAAUCAGGUGUCAAGAAGAGGAUGUUGAAAUCAGUGAUAAAGCUCUUAAACUGCUCACAAAGAUUGGAAUGGAGACUUCUCUCCGUUACUCUAUCCAUCUUAUCACAACCGCUAACUUGGUUGCAAUCAAGAGAAAGAGUCCUGAGGUUGAUGUUGAAGAUGUAAGAAGAGUCUAUGGACUCUUUAUCGAUAUCAAAAGAAGCUCAAAGUUCCUCCAAGAUUAUCAGAGCGAGUUCCUCUUCUAUGAAGCUGAUGAAAGCACAGACAAAGAUGUUGAGAUGGCCUAG